GUCGACCCAAUCUCACGGAUAUCACCCGACGCCUCGUCCUCCUCUCCAGAUCAGAUCUUACGCCCGCCCGCCCGCCCGCCCGCCCGAGCUGGUAGCAGCAACUCUUCUGCUGCAGCCUUCUUCGCCGCCAAAAGGAAACGAUGUUCUACAAAAUCCACUCCCAUGCCCAAAUCCAAGACCUGCAGGCCCGCUCCGAUGAGCUGGGCCACUCCAAUGAGCACAUGGAUGUGAAUCUUGUCUCUCUGGAGUCGGUGCGCAUAGCGUGCGAGUCGUAUGCACUCCUCUGCCCGCUGAUCAUGGAGUCGGGGUCCUGGGAAUGCCCGGAGCUGGAUUCCCUCUCGGUCGUGGCAGGCUUGUCGCUGGAAAUCCAAAAGCUGGAGCAUGAUGUGUUACCCCAGCUCAUGGUUCAGGAGGCCAAGCUGGAACGGGGCGCCCUGGAAGCCAUCCUACUCAUGAAGAACUCAGAAAUUAAGCUCUCACAUCUGGGCAAGUGCUUUAAGGAAGCCUUGGGCGUAUUGAAGGAGGAUCUAGUCUCAGCCCAAGUCAAAGAUCUGAGCAUAGUGCUAAACGAUAUUGUUGUUCAUGUACUCGAAGGUAAUUGCUACGGUGCCUGGCUUCAGGCGCGUCUCCCGGUGCUGAUCCAGCUGGUCACCGAUGUGUUGGAGACCCCGGUUCGUUUCUGUGAUCCUGAUGAGUGCUCUGAUGAGUAGACUUAUCAGCCAGCUCGAGGCUGUUGUGAUGAGUAUUUCUUAGGGGCGUGGCAAACAGUUUAGAAUCAACCCUUUAUGUUUGGAUGUGUUAUUAAUGGAUUUUAAAUGAUAUGUAUCUUGGGUAGUGUUUUCUCA